AAAAAGGGAGAGAAAAGGGGCAUCUUACCCCAUGGCCUGGGGAAAAUUCCUGAUUAUGGAUUUGGCUUUAAGACGACAAAAGUUGAAGUCUGUUUGGAUUGAAUUCCACUCUAAAUUCCUGCACACCGGAAAGAUUUCUACUACGUUUAAUUGCCUCUAUGAUUUCCUGGUUUUGCUACACUUGCUUUGACUUGACUUGUAACACUGACGGUCAUAUGUUUGCAAUUUUUACCAUUUUUAUCCUUCUGACUGUAUUUCUGAUUAAUGUUAUCUUCACUGAGAAAAAACAAACUUUUCUUUCAGAAAUAAGGACAUUUCUAAGUGACCCCAAACUUUUGAACGGAUAAUUGAUAGUCAGCCUGAAGCCUAAAUAGUCGAUAACUGGACUCUGAGUCUCUGGGAGCUCUGAAGGACAAACUUUGAUGCGCCGAGCAGCAAGUUGCAGCAGGACUUUGAGCUCCGGAGAUGCUCUGAAGGAGCCGGGAGAGAAAACACUUUGUGCACUGUGAGGAAGAUCGCAUUUUACAGAGAACUGCAAUGGUGGAUAUACCGGCUAUAUCCUUAGAUGCCGAUCGCAGGGCGGUGUGCUCCGGAUGCCACCGGAUGAUCCGAGACAGAUUCCUGCUCAGAGUCACUGACGGCCUCUGGCAUGAAGAGUGUGUGAGGUGCGAGGCGUGCGGGGACGCGCUCAGGAACUCCUGCUUUCUGCGGGACCGCAAACUUUACUGCAAGCGGGACUAUGCAGCCCUGUUCGCGGUGCGUUGUGGAGGCUGCUCGGAGGCCGUCUCGCCUGCAGAGCUGGUGAUGCGUGCAGGAGCUGCUGUGUUCCACCUGCGCUGCUUCACCUGCAGCGUUUGUUCCUGCCGCCUGCAGACCGGAGACCGCUGCGUCCUCAGGGAGGGUCAGCUACUGUGUGCUAGAGACGACUACCACCAGGGUCUGGCCAGUCCGACCUCCUCUGACACAGGUAAAAGUGAAGAUGAUGAGGAAGAAGAGGAAGAAUCUGGGAGGGUUUCAGGCCGACGAGUUCGAUCAGAAGAUGUGGACAGCAAACGUCCCAAAAGGCCUCGAACUAUUCUGACAACUCAACAGAGACGGACCUUUAAAGCCUCGUUUGAGGUCUCAUCCAAGCCUUGCCGAAAGGUAAGAGAGACCUUGGCAGCAGAGACUGGUCUGAGCGUCCGGGUUGUGCAGGUCUGGUUCCAGAACCAAAGAGCCAAAAUGAAGAAACUGGCCCGGAGGCAGCAGCAGCAGGAGCAGCAGCAGACUCAGGAGCAGUGUGAACAUCCAUCACAUCACACAGCACCCUCCUGUGGCAGUUUGACCUCCGAGAUGAAGCGAAUGGGCUCCUCUUUCGCUCAUAUUCAGCAGCAGCAACAGCAGCAGCAGCAGAUGGGAAUCACCACCCUGGAGCAGCAGGAUUGGGACACUGACCCCUUCAGACAGGGCCUGACCCCUCCUCAGAUGCCAGGAGAUCACAUGCACCCGUAUGGUUUCAAGGGUCUGUACGGUGACAUGGACAGAGAUCCUCUGUGUCACAUGGCCGACAGCGACUGUCUCUCUCUGGGCGACUCGUCUCCGCUCACCCCCAUCGACCGCCUCUACUCCAUGCAGGACUCUUACUUCACCUCAUGAAGGGGGAGAUCAGACUGAAACCUCCCCCUGCAACGUGUCACGGCAUUUAUCUCCUGGAGGCGGUUCAGUAAGCGGAUGGCUACACUGUGAUACCAGGCAAUAUACCACAUUCACCUCUAUACAAGCGUGAUUCCACUACUGCCUCUUAUGCUUUACAAACCCUGUGUACAGCAUCUAAAGUCUCCUGUGUAUGUCUGCAUGACACAGCUGGGCCUCCCUCGCUGAAUGUUACAUUAUGAGACUGCAUCUACUCGUGUAAAUAGCCAUUUGGGUGUGUGUUUGUAUUUAUUCUCACAAUGUGUGUGUGUGUGUGUGCCGUUACACCUUGAAUGAAUAAUCGAUAAUCCAAAUAUAAUAAAUAUGAAACAGUGAUGUGAAGACAAA